CUUAUGGUUUGUGAGAUUCAUUUCUUGUGUUUGUCCUAGAGCAUUUUAGUGAUGAUCGUUGGCUUGGAAUCCCAGCUUGCAUCCGAGUGAGCUUUGGGAGGUUGUCUAGAGACUUCUGUUGGCAUUUUGGGAUGGCCGAAAUUACGUCCAUGGCUGCAGUUUCUCUGCUGUUGGUGUUUCGUGUUGUUGGUUUGCUUUGUCAAACUCAUGGGUAGCAACCCCUGCUAGCCGGUUGGGUCUCUGUUGCUUGCAAUUUUUUGCAUGUCUGCCUUGUGGAAUUCAGUUAGCAGCCUUGGAUAAACUCAUGGAGGAUAAACUCUGGUUGUUAGUGUGAUUUGGAGUGUCUCUUUUGACACGGAGGUUUCAAUUGCUUUCUAUGCUACUUUCGGUUUAAAAAUCAAACUGGUAUUAACGAUUUGGAUAUUUCGAUAAUUCCACUAGGUACAAAGAUUUGUAUUUUAGUUAUAAUGCUCUGUUGUGUUAAGUGUUAACAUUGUCAUUCUUGUUCAGCAUCGCCUGUCUACAUAUUUUUUCCCCUAGACACCCCUUAUUGAUUUGCCCUGAUAAGCAUGUUCACUAUUAUCCCAGUUUGCGGAGCUGUAUAAGAGAAGAUGAAAUUUUCUCAUACCAAAAGAUGUUCAGUAUGCUGUAUUGACCUCUGACCAUCAACUGUAUUCUCAUGAUGUACCAUGCUAAGAAGUUUUCUGUGCCCUUUGCACCACAGAGGGCUCAGAAUAGUGAGCAUGUAAGUAAUAUUGGAGCUUUCGGUGGAUCCAACAUAAGCAACCCUGCUAAUCCUGUAGGGAGUGGGAAACAACGUCUAAGAUGGACCUCAGAUCUCCAUAACCGUUUUGUGGAUGCCAUUGCCCAACUUGGUGGACCAGAUAGGGCAACACCUAAAGGGGUCCUCACUGUAAUGGGUGUACCGGGGAUUACAAUUUACCACGUCAAAAGCCAUUUGCAGAAGUAUCGCCUUGCAAAGUACAUACCAGAAUCUCCUGCGGAAGGUUCCAAGGACGAAAAGAAGGAUUCUAGUGAUUCCCUCUCUAACACAGAUUCUGCACCAAAGAUUCUUCACUUAUCUUUCAGAGGAUUACAAAUAAAUGAAGCAUUAAAGAUGCAAAUGGAGGUUCAGAAGCGGCUCCAUGAACAACUUGAGGUGCAAAGGCAAUUGCAGCUGAGAAUUGAAGCACAAGGGAAAUACUUGCAAAUGAUCAUCGAGGAGCAGCAAAAGCUUGGUGACUCACUUGAAGGUUCUGAGGAGAGGAAGCUUUCACAUUCACCACCAAGCUUAGAUGACUACCCUGACAGCAUGCAUCCUUCUCCCAAAAAACCAAGGAUGGAGGAUCUGUCACCAGAUUUGGCACGGGGUGUUACACAGCCAAGGUUUGAAUCCCAUUUGAUUGGUCCAUGGGAUCAAGAGCUGUGUGGGAAAAACAUAUCUGAUCCUGCAUUCCAAGUGGACGAGUUUAAAGCAAACCCUGGUUUGAGCUGAGUCAUAAUGCAAUGCAUCCCUUGAGGGAAAGUUAUUAACCUCCACAGAUGGCCAAUCACAUGUGAAUAUAUAUCGUCUUAACAACAGAAUGAGCUCUUCAUGGAUCUUAAGGAUCUGCAGCUGAUCCCAUCAGUCAUGAUAAAUGUUGUUGUCAUUGUAGUAUUUCGUCGUACAGCUCUGUAAUUAUGAGGAUGUUCUAAAGUCUCCAGUCAGCCUUUCCUUCUUUGAAGGAAUAGCCUUGAGCUGAAACAUGUAGCAAGAAACAGAAAAAGCUUACACGCAAUACCAUAUGCCGCAAAGGGUGUAUUCCCUGGAAGCUGUAUGGUAAUAGAACAUUUCUGUUCUGAUCAGUUCUGGAAUCUGCUAAGCUCAUAUUGUGUCCAUGUUUCAUGGAUCUGGGAUGUGGCAGCAGCAUGUGCAUUAAUCAGUUAGUUUGAUUAAUGGACAACUCUGCGCUAACAAUGGUGGUUGUAUUAUUUGCCAUAAUGGGGAACAUUCUUUGUGUUA